CGUCCACAAGCCACAGCAAUACAGCAUCCUUCCGACGACGACAGCGACGUACCACUAGUCGCAACCACUGACCGUCCACCGUGCGCGGAUAACGAUAAUAAUAAUAAUAAUAAUAAAAACGACGUUGAUUUGUUAUAUUUUUUUUCUUUUUAGCGCAUUUUUUUCGUCAUCCUCUCCACGCCACAGGGGUUUCGUAACAAUAAUAAUAAAAAUAAUAUUUGUUCAAUCGGUCGUCUAUUCAUUUGAAUACCUAAUACCUAUUACGUUUUCGGUGUCGGGCUCGUUCAUCGCCCGGGGUAGUCAUGACUUGAGUCGUCGCGUUCGUAGCGGGCCGUUCAAGUCUCCCAGUGCCGCGAACGUCCAACUCCAACUGUGGCAGACGGGCCGAAACAAUAUGAUCACUCGACCCGUCGUCCCAUGGCCCAGUAUGAGUUCCUGCCGCUGUGCGAUGUCCUAUUCAACAUCAUCUCUCUGGCCGCAUACUUUUGCGACAUUGUCUUCGACGUGGUCAUGGGUUACGCGCUCUACUCGUACGGCCGAUACGUGCCGUUUGGGCUUACCAUGCUGUUCGUAGGCGCCUCAGCUACCGUCGAACAAACAAUGUCGUUGCGUUGGUAUUUGGCGGCCCGGACCGUUGGCGACAAGUCCACCCUAGCCGACCGGCUGAAACGGUUCGCGGUCCAAGGGCUGCAUUUUGUGCAGCUGGGCGUUCUCUGGAGGUAUGUCUAUAGAGGUAUAUUAAAAUAUAUUAUGUGUACUUAACAGAUUUGUCUAACAGGUAUUUUAAACUGUUCUUGCCCGUCGAUCUGCGAUACGUUAAGUUUGAAGUGCGUGACCUGUGCAUGUUGCGCCUGUUGCACGCGUUCUGUGAGUCCAUGCCGCUGCUCCUGCUCCAGUCCUAUUUAUUAUGGACGGACGAGGGCGUUUGGAAGCAGUUAAGCGACCUUAACAAAGUUGCCAUUGGACUGUCCACCGUCAGUGUGUGCUGGGCUUUGGCGUCGUUCGGUAAAAAUGUCCGCAUGCAAAACGUCCAUAGACUAGUACUUACCUGGCUCGGAGUCGUAUUUCAGGUAAACAAAACAUUGAAAAAUAAAGGAUUAUUAUUUUAUUGGAAAUUUAUAUGGAUGAACAGAUAUUUUAAAGAAAAUCUUUACAGAUGAAUUAUAUUUGAACUUAUCAAAAUAAUAUGUUAUUUAAAAAGGAUCUUAAAUAAUAGUUUUAUUUUAUUUUUUGAAAUUUUUGUUAGACAAAUAUAUUUGAAUGAAAUAUUUUUUCUUGGUUGAAUCUAACAUGAACAGGAGUUAUGUAUUGUUAAUGAAUGAUACUUUAGACAUAUAUGUGUUUCACUCAAAUGGUAACAUUGAAUAUUUCUGUCCAGCGACCUCAGAUUAAAAUGGGGUUUUCAAGAGAAGAUAGAAAAUACUGAAAUACAUAUUUUGUAUUGAUUUUCAAAUUUCUUACACUUUCAAUGUGCGCAUGCGCGAUAAAACUUGCAUUUUUUUAUUAAAACAACUUAUAUAAAUAAACUUUUCCCUUAUCUCAAAAAUUGGAUGAAAUACAGCUAGUUAAAGUUGAAAUAAAAUUAUUUUAUUAUUAUUAAAUUAAUUUUAUUUUAAACAAUUUACUACCAAAAAUACUCCAAUACAAUUUUUCACUAUGGCUAGCCAUUUUUGUAUAAUAUGAAUCUCAAUGAUAGAAAAAUAUGAGCACAAAAAUUAAUGUUCCGAUCCAAUUAAAAUUCUUGUAUUGAAUGAUGGAAUUGUUAUUAUAAAUGUUAUAAAGUUUAGUGGAAUAAAAGAAUAACUAAAAAUAUCCGUAUAAUAUCUGUGUAUGAUAAAAAGUUUUAUCCAUUAAUCCAACUGAUUUGAAAGCUCAUUUAAUUAACAAUAACCAAUAAAUGUUUAUAAUACAAUAGGUACUCUGUAUUUCCUAGUAAAUGUACCAACAAAUAUGAACCGUGCAAGUAAAUUAUUAUAAACAAACUUUUAAAAAUACUAGGAUUAUUGUUGAAAAAUUCAAUAAUUCAAAUUGAAAAUUUGUCUAGCUGUAAUUCGGCAAAUUUUCGAUAUAAGGGAAAGUUUAUUUAUAUAAGUUUUUUAAAAAAAUUUAAGUUUUAUUGCACAUGUGCACACUGAAAGUGUAAGAAAUUUGAAAAUCCAUACAAAAUAUGUAUUUCAGUAUUUCCUAUUUUCUCUUGAAAACCCCAUUUUAAUUUGAAGUCACUGGACAGAAAUAUUCCAUGUUACCAUUUGAGUGAAACACACUGUAUACAUACAUACAUACAUACAUACAUUGAACAGUCAUGUUUUGAAACAGACAUUGGUUUAAAAAAAUUAUUUAUUGAACGUUCAUAAAUUAAAACUUGGUCAAACUGAAAUCAUAUAAAUUAGAAAAUAAAAUUAAGUUUCAUAACUCCCAUCAUAAUGUAUCAUAAUGUAUCAUAAUGCAUUUUGUUCAUUUGGAGAACAAACUUUCCAAAAUAAUAAUUCUCCAUCUCGAAUGAUUAUUAUUCAAGAAAUUUAAAUACCAAGAGUUGUUUAUCAGUAUAUAUUAUUGAACAAUUUUAUUCUGCAAAAUGUCUGUUUCAAUAUUUAUUUUCUAUAUUAAUAUACAGCCUCUAAAAAAAAAAAUUAACAAUUUUAAUGUACUGCACAGUUUUUGUGGCGUCUGGGCACCGUUGGAGCAAGGGUAAUAUCAUUGACCACGUAUGCUGCCAUGUACAAAUAUUGGGUACUAUUAGUGCUCGGCUUACACUGGUUAUCAAUGCUUUUAUGGCUGCAUUCGCCUAAGAAUGUCUUUCAUGGUGAACAGAUGUCGCCCAAACGAAAAGCCUUUUUGUUCGCACUCCUAGCAUUUGUGUACACAUUUGAAUAUGUUAACCUGUUGGAGAACAAUCAUAGAGAAAAAAUGGUAAGUAUGUGCUACAUUUUGUCAUUAAAAACAUCGAGUACCUAUUUUAUUCUGGAUGUUUUAGUAUUCUAUGUUACAUUUUAAAAAAUGUUACAAUAAUUACUGUAGAACCUCAUUAAACUGGACUUCUCUUAAUCGGGACAGCUGUUUAAUAACACGUAAACUAUGCAGUUUGUAGUGUAGUACACAUGAAAAUAAGUUCCACAAAUUUUCCAUAAAUGCAUGUUGUCGCGAUUAUUUAUAAAUUAUGUAAAUUAAAAUAAAAAUUUUUAAAUUAAAAAAAAAACCAUAAGUUUUGGUUAUUUUAUUUAAUUCAGACAACUUGGAGCCCCAAUCAAUCCGGAUUAAUGAGAUUCUGCUGUAGUUUAAUUAUUUGUGAACCGUAUGUACAUUUUUUAAAUAUACUUCUAUUAUCUUGUUACAUUAAAUAUUCCAUAAUGCCUGGAACUAUUUAUAGGUACUAAAACAGUUUAUUUGUUAUAACAAAUAAGUCUGUGAUAAUUUUGUUUUAUUUAUAUCAUAAAUUAAUUGAGCUUCACAACUACCUAUGCAAUUUUAAGUUACAUAAAUGAAUACUAUUAUUUUAAAUAAUUGUAGAUUUCUAUACAAUUUAGUUUAUAACUCACCUACAUUGGUCCAUAUAUUUGUUUUUUAUACUGGUGAUAUUUUUUUUUUUAAAUUAACUUUUAUUAACAAAUUUGACUAUUUUUAAAUUUUAUAUUUAUCUAUAUAUUUUCCAGCUAAUGUUUUACAUUGUAAUGGCGUUGGAAAACGCUCUUCUCAUGUUUGUAUGGAGUAUCGGCAACAGCGAUGCUAUCACACCAUUUGUGGUUCUUGGGAUGUACUGUUGCGGUCUCGUAUUCAUGGCUAUUUACUAUCAGUUUUUCCACGUAAGGAGAUUGAAAUAUGAGUCAGGUGGUCGACUAAGUAACGCCACAAAUAGUAAUAAUUCGACUGCCAAACUAGCACUUGAAGCUAAGUACAAGGAUCAGCUUAACCUAAACGUACCCAACGGCAAAGUAUGUUAAAAUUUACUUUUAAAUCAUUGAUUUCCAUUUUUUGUAUUAGUUCAUUUUUUAAAUGAUCAGGUUUUAAAGUUAAAGGUUAAAAACAAAAUUGUAACUUAACAUUUUUUCUUACUUAUGUUAAUAUUUUUUGGGGGGUUACUUCUAACUAAAUUAAGUAGUAAAUUUAAAAAACCUCCCUCUUAUAUUUUUUAUAAUAACUAACUUAAGUUUUAUACAAUUUAAGAAAAUUGUCUAGUUUAGCCUAGGUUCAAGAAAAUAUGCUCUAAUUGAAUAUUAUUUUCUAUAGACUGAUCUCAUAAGAAGGCACAGCUUCAGCAGUGUGUAUGAGAAUAUACCGCCUGGUGGUUAUCACAGCCAACAAGCUAUUGGCAGUGAACCGCCACCAACCUUGCAGAGAAACCAGAGGUAUUAUAGCGCAUUACCAGCAAGUGUUCACAAUGGCAUACCCGGCGUUUUCAAUUGUCGUUUUACAAAUCCAUAUGUAGCUGCGAUGCAAAAGCGUAAAAAAAAAAAACCUACUACAUUCGUACCACCGCCGUCUUCUGGUACCAGUGGAAGAGACAGUGUUGCGUUUUGGUGUAAACCACCACCAUCCAACAACAGCCAACAGGGUUCUAGUGAAAACGAGAGCGCCGACUCUCACGUUGACAUCAGACAAAAGUUGCAGGAGAAGAGACAAAACCAGUUGGCCGAACUCAGAGCUAUUGAAGAGGAGAUUAGACAGGGCAAGUUAAGGGAACCUACAGAAAAUGGGGAAGUUCUCCUGUCCCCGCGAGGGUACCUGCAACAACAAAACUGGAUUGCUCCACCCUAUAGGUAAGUGUUUUGCCUUUUCAUAUAUUAAUAAAUAAACUGAUACAAACUGAUCUCAUAUAUAUAUAUAUAUUUUUUUUUUAGUGUUCAAGAUAAUAAUGCUCAACCCAAUGAUCAAGUGCUCACACUGAUGUAUAAAUCAUAUAAAUUACCAUCAGAUUUAGACUCUCAGAUAUCACUACCACGUUCAUAUACAUUGCCUAGAGAAUUUAAAUUCUACAGAAAAAUAAGACCCAGAAAAACUGUACGAUCCGAUCACUUUAUAACGUCCACUAACUCCAGCGAUGGAGAUGUGGACUCUGGUGAUGAGUCGGAUACUUCACAGCCAAAAUUGUCACCUCGUCCAUUGCGAUUACCUGAUCGCAAUAUGCUUGCCACUCGACACGAAACCAAACUAUAACUAUUUUGUUAAUAAAAAUUAUUAUUUUUAUCUUCAUUGAUAUAUAUAUACAUAGAUAUAUAGAUGUAUAUACAUUAUAUUUCUUGUAUUUUAUGAAAUAUUUGUAAAUAUUGUUUAAUACAAUGUUUUUUUUUUUUUUAAUUAUUAUUUGCUUUAUUUAAAUACUGAUAAUAAUUUUUAGUUACAAUUUAUAAUAUAAGAUAUAAAUUACAAACUGUUAAAAUUUAAAAUAAAAAACGAAAAAUUUAAAUUGAGUACAUAACGUUCAAAUAAUUUAAUUGAGCCUAAAUAAUACAAUAUAAUAUUUCUAUAAAAAAAAAAAAAGUACAUAUUAUAUUAAGAUUAUAAUAUUAUUAUAACCAAGAAACUUACAAUCUGCUUAAUCCACAUCUCUCUCUUCAGAUUCUUCUUCUUCUAUGUAUUCCUCAUCCACUGAUGCUUCCUGUAAUAUGUCAUACAUUAUAAACAUAAACAUAAACACAAGAAGCAAAAAAAACGACUAAUUAUUAUUAUUCAUACCUGAUACUGUUGGUAUUCUGAUAUCAAAUCAUUCAUAUUAGACUCAGCCUCAGUGAACUCCAUCUCGUCCAUGCCUUCGCCAGUGUACCAAUGCAAAAACGCCUUCCGCCGGAACAUAGCGGAAAACUGUUCGGAUAUGCGUUUAAACAGCUCCUGGAUGGCCGUUGUGUUGCCAAUGAACGUCGAGCUCAUCUUGAGUCCGCAUGGUGGAAUGUCACACACAGCAGUCUUCACAUUAUUUGGAAUCCAGUCAACAAAAUAGCUGGAGUUUUUGUUUUGUACGUUUAACAUCUGCUCGUCCACUUCCUUCAUGGACAUGCGGCCCCUG